AUUGGGAAGAAAGAAAUUGUGGCGUUGUGUAUAGAGGGAGGGGAAGAAGGGAAAGAAUUAAAACGAAUCCCCUAAAUUUGCUGAAAGGUCCAUUUCAAAUUUAAAUUAUCCUAUUAGCCCUUGGUUCCGUUACGACUGACCAUGGACAUGGAGUGGGCCUUGUUUACACCAUAACCAUAAAAUCGAUGGCGCCAAUUUCACUCUCCAUCUUAAUCAUCCCUCCCCUGAUUUUCAGUUUCAGCCAUUAGUUUCCAUGCCCCAUUGAUUCCUUUUCUCUCCUCCAAUCGCCGCCCCUUGCCGGAGCUCCUCCUCCUCCUCCUCCCACGUGAAAUGCGUGUUUCACGUGUGAACAUUUCUUGGUUUUUUUCUUCUUAUAUUCUUAAUCAUCUGUGAGAUUUUUCUUCGAUUGAGAUGUGGAAUAACGCUGUAAUGGCUUUGGCUAUGUCGUUUUCCCCUAAUUCUAUUGCUACGGCUACUGCGGCUAUUCCAAGCCCUAACCGAAGCCCUAAUUUCCCUCACUUUUCGCACAUUCUUCAUUUCCGUUCUCACGAAUCAAUUUCAUGGCGUUCUUCUUCUUCUUCUUCUUCUUCUUCUUCUUCUUCUUCUUCUUCUUCUUCUUCUUCUUCUUCUUCUUCUUCUUCUUCUUCUUCUUCUUCUUCUUCUUCUUCAUCGAUCUCUGUUUCUUCGUUCGGAUCUACUCCGAGGCUUCAGAAGUUUGUUGUAAUGGCUGCUUCCUCUGUGCCGGAGAGUGCCGGGGAGGGCGUGGAAUCGGUUGAUUUGGUUCAAAAUCUCCGGCUUGGUGCAAUGUUUGGGAUUUGGUAUCUCUUGAAUAUCUACUACAAUAUUUUCAACAAACAGGUUUUGAAAGCUUUUCCGUUUCCAACUACGGUGACAGCUUUCCAGUUCGGGUGUGGUACGAUCAUAGUAAACUUAAUGUGGGCUCUUAAUUUUCAUCAGAGACCCAAGAUCAGUCCAUCCCAGUUUGCUGCCAUUCUUCCGGUGGCUGUAGCGCACACAAUGGGAAACAUAUUAACCAAUGUGAGUCUUGGGAGAGUGGCGGUUUCAUUUACUCACACCAUCAAAGCAAUGGAGCCAUUUUUCACCGUCCUUCUCUCUGCUUUGUUUUUGGCUGAGAGGCCCACUUUUUGGAUUGUUUUUUCUCUGGUUCCAGUUGUAGGAGGAGUGGCACUCGCUUCUUUUACUGAAGCCUCAUUUAAUUGGAUUGGCUUCAGCAGUGCCAUGGCUUCAAAUCUUACCAAUCAAUCACGUAAUAUCCUCAGCAAAAAGCUCAUGGUCCACAAAGAGGCAUUGGACAACAUCAAUUUGUUCUCUGUAAUUACCAUCAUUUCGUUUAUCCUGCUGGUUCCCUCGGCUCUUCUCCUUGAAGGCACUAAAUUUAGUCCUUCAUACUUGAAAUUAGCUGCAAAUCAAGGGUUGAAUAUUAGAGAACUAUGCAUUAGGUUGCUUCUAUCUGGCAUCUGUUUUCAUAGUUAUCAGCAGGUUUCAUAUUCAAUACUACAAGAAAUUUCACCGGUGACCCAUGCAGUAGGAAAUUCUUUGAAGCGAGUGGUGGUUAUAGUGUCUUCGGUUAUUUUCUUCCAAACAACAGUCUCACCUCUAAACGCCUUCGGAACGGGCAUAGCUCUAAUGGGAGUAUUCUUGUAUUCAAGGGCUAAGCGUAUGAACUCAAAACUCAAGUCUUUGUAAAUUAUUAUUAUUACUUUUUUUUUCUUUUCUUUUCUUUUUUCCUCUCUUCUUGGUCCUAUAACCAUAUGUAACAUACAACUAGUGUUUACUAUACCACUAGAAUUCGUAGUUA